GGCGAGGAUGAAGCGCAGCAGGCUGGGAUGGGACGAUGGCGACGAUCUGGACAGCAUCCAGUACGAGGAGGAUCGAUCGCCGUCGGCGCCAGCAGCGCCAGCAGCGCCAGAGAGGGAAAAUGGAGAGGACGAAGUGGAUCCUCUCGACGCAUUCAUGGAGGGCAUUCACGAGGAGGUAAGUAGGAUCCCUACACCCGGCAGCAAGCCUUCCAGGAUCCAGGAAGAGGAGGAGGAGGAGGAUGAUCCGAUGGAGACAUUCCUCAAAGCUCGCCGUGAUGCUGGACUCUCUCUGGCUGCCGAGGCGCUUCACGCUGGCUAUGAUUCCGACGAGGAGGUCUAUGCCGCUGCCAGAGCCGUGGAGAAAGGCAUGGUGGAUUACGACUCGGACGACAAUGCCAUUAUCACUGCGGAUCGCAAGAAGAUCGACCCGCUCGCGCCUCUGGAUCAUAGCCAGCUCCAAUACGCUCCUUUCGACAAGGAUUUUUACGAGGAGGACGCUUCAAUCUCAGGAUUGAGCGAAGAGGAUGUCACAAGCUAUCGACAGUCCAUUGGAGUAAGAACAUCUGGCUUCGAUGUUCCUCGGCCCGUAAGGCAGUUCAAAGAGCUUGGCUUGGACAGCUUACUUAUGGGUGCCAUCACCAAGCAGGGUUACGAGAACCCAACACCCAUUCAAUGCCAGGCUCUUCCGAUCGUUCUGUCUGGACGUGAUAUCAUCGGCAUUGCCAAGACUGGAUCAGGCAAGACUGCUGCCUUCGUCCUGCCCAUGAUCGUGCACAUCAUGGAUCAGGAGGAGCUGGGUAAAGGCGAGGGUCCUAUCGGAGUGAUAUGUGCUCCUACGCGAGAGCUGGCUCAGCAGAUCUUCAACGAGUCGAGAAAGUUUGCGAAGCCUUAUGGGAUCCGGGUGUCAGGCGUCUUUGGUGGAAUGUCCAAGCUCGACCAGUUCAAGGAGCUCAAGGCAGGCUGCGAAAUAGUUGUGGCAACUCCGGGAAGGCUCAUUGAUAUGCUCAAGAUGAAAGCGCUGACAAUGUUCCGGGCAACUUAUCUGGUCUUGGACGAGGCCGACAGGAUGUUUGAUCUUGGCUUCGAGCCUCAAAUCAGGUCCAUCGUGGGACAGAUUCGACCCGACCGCCAAACUCUUCUCUUUUCGGCAACAAUGCCUCGGAGAGUCGAGACUCUGGCACGGGAAGUUCUCUCGGCUCCCGUGCGUGUGACUGCUGGAGAAGUCGGCAGAGCCAACGAGGACGUCACACAAGUAGCUCAAAUCGUCGCAACCGACGCAGACAAACUCCAGUGGAUGCUCAGCAAGCUUCCGCAGAUGGUGGAUGCGGGGGACGUGCUCGUGUUUGCUUCAACCAAAGUGAGGGUGGAAGAGCUGGAAAAACACCUCCAGGACAGCGGUUUCAAGGUUGCGGCGUUACACGGGGACAAAGAUCAAGCGUCACGGGUGGACGUUCUUCAGGGAUUCAAGUCUGGUCAGUUUCACGUUCUAGUUGCAACAGACGUGGCUGCGCGGGGGCUGGACAUCAAGUCUAUCAAAACCGUGGUGAACUACGACACUGCAAAGGACAUGGACACUCAUGUCCAUCGGGUUGGGCGCACAGGCCGUGCUGGUGACAAGGAGGGAGUUGCCUACACUUUGGUGGCGCAGAAAGAGGCUCGUUUUGCCGGAGACCUCGUGAACGGCUUCGUUGCCGCCGGGCAAAACGUUCCAAGCGAGCUUAUGGACUUAGCAAUGAAGGAUGGACGCUUCAGGGCCCAACGGGAAGGGCGGAGGAAAGGUGGCAAAGGGAGAGGAGGCCGAGGUGGGGGACGGGGAAAAGGAGGUGGUGGUGGAGGUCGUGGAGUUCGUGGUGUUGAUUACGGCCUGGGAAUUGGCUACAGCCGGGAUGCCUCGAGCAAUCCUUCUGCGCCUGUCCAUCAGGCUAGAAAGUCGUCUGGAGUGGGAGCAGCGAGCUCAAGCCCAUCAUCGUCAAUGAUGACACGCUUCAAGGACAGCUUCGUUGCUGCGUCAUCGAGUGCUGGAGGUGCUGCUACAAACACCGUGCUACCGGGAUCUGUCGCUGCUGCUAGUGCUCCUCUACGGGGAUUUGUGGCCGCUUCUACAACAAGUACACCUCCUCUACGGGGAUUUGUGGCCGCUUCUACAACAAGUACACCUCCUCUACGGGGAUUUGUGGCCGCUUCUACAACAAGUACACCUCCUCUACGGGGAUUUGUGGCGGCUUCUACAAACACAAAUUCUCCUCCUAGUUCCAACAAGGACUCCCAGCAAAAGAGACAACACCAGAGGAGGAGAUUUGAUACGUAAAUCGGUACAAAGUGUUUUUUCGCCGGACAUGAACUUCCAAGCGCUGGUUUGCAUGUGUCCUUAGCCAUGCCAAGAAUGGUGGCAACAUCCAAGCGCUUUCAUCUGGUGAGCCAGGAAUGGUCUCAACUUCGUCUCCAAACCAGAGAACCUGAGCGAGGCUAGGGUCGAGAUAAGACGCUUGUACCACCAAUGAGAAAGAUUCAAGAUUCGAUGGCUGUCACCUUGUAUCUGGAAGGCGUACAUAUAUGUCGAAAGCUGCGUCCUCUCAAGAAAGCGUUAUGGAAGGACAGUUAUAUAACAUGUUCUCCUGCAGUCACAGCUCAAAAACUAUAUGUUCAAGAUUAAAGUUUGCUUGUCA